AUGCAGCCACUCCGAUAUUUUUCUUCCACAGCGGCGUGCUUCAUCAAGUAUAUUGGUUAUGACCCUGCCAGCUUACCAGGCACCUGGCUUGGGUCAUUCGAGAAGUGUAUUGAGCCCGGGGGCGGUGCUGAAAAGAAAGGCACCGACAGCCCAGUCCAUCACUCCCACUUCAACCGCGAGGAUAUUGGGUCCAUCAUCGCCACAAGGAUCGUCGGUCCGAGAGCUACCAAGAUCUGCCACAUCUAUAAGAACGGCACUGGCACGGAGAAGAAGGGUAAUGAGGGAGUGAAAGCCUCAAGUCACUGCGGCUAUGGAGACUACCCCAAAGUCGUGGAGGAGAGAAUUGAUGAUCAUACACAGCUGGAAGGAAUUCACCGUUACGACUGA